UGGGGCACCCUGCGCAGCAUAUAAAGUAUCACCACACACUCGACAAAAAGCUGCUCUCUCUCUUCUGUAUAUAAAGGAAGGUUCAAAACAUAAGUCUCCCAUGCCCCUCUCUCCUCCCUCCUUCCCUGAACCCCAUUCCCACCACUUUCUUUCUCAAGAAAAAACCACUUCUUACUCUCUCUUAAUGAUUAGAGGCUAGGGUCCUUCAAAUCUCGAAUUAUUCUUUGAAUAAAUGGCGGUUAAUACAGUGCAGAGGUUCGAGUUUCUCAUUGAUUCUGAUCACCGCAAGUCUAAGCAGCAAAGAAGGUAACAUAGACGAAAAGACUUGUUACUUUUUUUUUUCUUUCUCUCGAAUUAGGUGCUUCCAUCGCUAGUAAUCAAUUCAAUAUCAAUUCCUUCAUUCAAAUUCCCGACAAAGAAAGCAAUUUUCCAAAAUCAGCAUGCCAAAUUUAUUAAUCCAGUCGUCGAUGUCGUCUGAUAUACGAUAAAUUUUGCAUUGUUGACGUUUAAAGACACGAUUUUCUUGACAUUGAUGGCGGAAUGUUUGAAGGGAGUAGUUGUUCUUGCGUGGAUUCUUGGAACUGAUUGCAUUGGUUUGAUGCAUUACUUGUGUUGGUGAGCUCUUUCAAGAUUUUAGAUUGGUGUUUGGGUUAGGGUUUUAGUUUUUGUUGUUGAGUGAGGAUGGGGUUGGAUAGUCUGCUGCUUCCUACUGUGGGACCGCCAAUAAAGCGGCGAGCGGGGUUGCGGAGGAAGCAGGCAGGAAGAGGUUCAUAUAGAGGUAGCUAGGGUGGGGAAUUAGUGGAAAUUAGGGGUUUUCACAGGUUUAAUUGAUUAAUCCGGUGGGGAGUGGUUAGGGAGGGGUUGUUAGCAUUCGUUGACUGGACGAGAUGGGUACUCAAUUGCACCAAGCACUCAGGACUCUCUGUUUCAACACCGAGUGGAAGUACGCUGUCUUUUGGAAACUCAAACAUCGAGCUCGAAUGAUGCUGGCUUGGGAAGAUGCUUACUACGACAACCAUGAGCAACGUAAUCCUCCAAAGAACAUGUGCUUCCCUGAGAUAGGGGGCAACUUGCGUGAUUGGCAUUCACACGAUCCUCUUGGGUUAGCUGUGGCAAAGAUGUCGUACCAUGUAUACUCUCUCGGGGAAGGGGUUAUUGGACAGGUGGCAGUUACUGGAAAACAUAUGUGGAUUUCUGCAGAUAAACACCUAGCUGAUUCUUGUUCACCCUUUGAGCAUUGUGAUGGGUGGCAAACUCAGUUUUCAGCUGGGAUCAGGACCGUUGUUGUGGUGGCUAUUGUUCCACAUGGUGUUAUACAACUUGGCUCAUUAAAAAAAAUCCCCGAGGAUUUAAAGAUGGUGAACCAAAUCAGAGAUGUCUUUUUUGCACUUCAAGAUUCAGUGGGGUGUACUCCUAGCGAAAUACAUUGUGCUAUGAGAAGUUCCUCAUGUCUGUCGGAUAUAUCUACAAGAAGUUCAGGUUCUGGGAUUUUUCAUGAUAGCAUAAGCAACUUAGGUAGACCUGUAAACAAGGACAAGACAAUUAUUUGUACUCCGACAAUUCCAUCAAUUGAAAAACCUGCUGAUCAUUCUUACCUUAUUCCACUGCCUGGUGAUUUACCAAAAAUGACAACUGAAGUGAUCAAUAAAGAUGGAGGACUUGAAUUAUCAGCAUCCGGGGGUGAUGAAAGUGCUAUCCUACAAUCAAGACCUGAAGAUUUCCUUCUGGGGCAGCAGAAACAAGUAUGGAAAAGAUUGCAUAUUGAGAGGAGGUGUGAAGGGGAGACUAGUGGCUUGGGGUAUCUGGGAGUGGGUUCAGAAGACCAUGAUACUCGAUCCUCAAACAAUUCCUUUAACAAAAUUAAUUUUUAUAAUGUUACACUUGCUGAUGAUUCUGGGGUGGAUAUUACUUACUUGCAAGAGGAUCUCCUUGCCUCUGCAGCUUGCAAUAAUCAAAACGGGAUGUUGUGCAUACCAGAACCUUUUGGCAUGCAAAUCUUGAGAGACUUGGAGAACAUGGAAUUCCAAGAGAUUAAUAAAAUGGAGCCACUGAAUAUGCCCUUCAAGUUUUCUGCUGACUGUGAGCUGUAUGAAGUACUUGGACCAGCUUUUCAAAAACAGAAUAGUUACUGUGAUUGGGAAGCAGAAAAGACUCAGACUGAAACUGAAAUAGCUAUUGAGAUGCCUGAGGCAAUGGACAGUAGUAGCCUGUUGACGGCAGACUCUGGCUCGGAGCAUCUUCUGGAAGCAGUGGUAGCUAAUGUUUGCCGUGGUGGAACUGAUGUCAAAAGUGAGAAAUCAUUCUGUGAAUCAGUGAAGUCCCUGUUGACUACUGAAAAUAUGCCACAGCCAACCUGUGAUAAGCUUACUGUUGGUUCGGCGGUUGGUUCAUUUGAUCAGUCUUUCGUGGAAAAGGAGGCAAUGCACUGCUUGAGCUCUGAAGCAUGUGGUGUGAGCUCUUCAAAAGGGUUUUCAUCAAGGAGUCAUAGUACGUUUAGUGGACAGUUGGACAGUGCACAAGAACCAGCUAAGACGAAUAAGAAGAGGGCCAGACCUGGAGAAAAUUGCAGGCCUAGGCCAAGGGACAGACAAUUGAUCCAAGAUCGCAUCAAGGAGCUGAGAGAGCUUGUACCCAAUGGAUCAAAGUGCAGUAUUGAUUCACUUCUGGAGCGCACAAUCAAGCACAUGCUCUUUAUGCAAAGCAUCACUAAGCAUGCUGAGAAACUAAAAAACUGCAAUGUGUCAAAGUUGCGUGACAAGGAAAUGUGUGUGCGAGGGUUACCCAUUUUUGAUCAGGGUUCAACCUGGGCAGUGGAAGUGGGCAGUCACAUGAAAGUUUGUCCAAUAAUGAUAGAGAAUAUCAACAUGAAUGGGCAAAUGCUGAUUGAGAUGUUGUGUGAAGACAGCACCCAUUUUCUUGAAAUAGCAGAAGCCAUUAGGAGCUUGGGUCUGACAAUUUUGAAAGGUGUAACGGAAGCCUGUGACAAGAAAACCUUGAUGUGUUUUGUGGUUGAGGGGCAGAACAGAAGCAUGCAUCGGGUGGAUAUAUUAUGGCCACUUGUGCAGAUAUUGCAAUCCAAGACGACAAUUUAGGGGUGCAACUUUUACUUGUGAGUAAAUUAUGAAUGAAAAAUUUUCCCAGGAACAGAAGGACAUAGUGCAGAUAUAGCAAUCCAGGACUCCAUUCUGAGGGCUGUGGCUCUGCAAGUUUAUAAGAUUUUCAGGUGGGCUUCUCCUGAUUAUAUUACGAGUCAUCUGCAAUCUCAUCCGUCAGCUGAUAGUGCUCGAAAGAGUUCCCUUUUCUGGUUUUAGAAAAUGUGUGGAGUCGUUUUUGUCUUUUUGUUUUGUUUUGCUUGGUGGAUUUUAUUAUUAUUAUUAAUUUUAAAAAUAAUUUUUGCCUGGUUGUUAAUUUGCAUUUGUUCAGAAGUUUGAUGCUUCUAAUAAUUUA